GACCUAUGCGACAGGAAGGGUUCCCCGUAUUGAAUACCCCAAGCAUGUUUCAUGAGAUUACGAUGUAACCAAUUGACUGUUAUUAUUAUUAUUAUUAUUAUUAUUAUUAUUAUUAUUAUUGUUAUUAUUGUUAUUAUUUUUACAAUAUUGGAUCAUGAUAAGAAAAGUCGGAUGCGUUGAAUGACUUGAUGAUCAGACAUAUUCCUGCGGAACAGCGUGUGCUGAGAGAUUGGAAUGCAUUGACCAAGGCGGAACAACAACAGGCGUCGAGGCCAGAAAUUUUGCAUGAGCUUACCGUCAAUAAUUCUUGGAGGGCAAUGGCGAGAUAUACCCGAUCACAGAUCCUCAAUAGCCCACCGGAACGUAUCCCAGAGUUGAUCAAUUUGUGGUAUGCACGAUUGCUAGCAUUGACCAAGUUGGGACAAUAUGAAAUGGCACAGGCAGAACUAGAUCAAUUGGGUGAUUUGCGAGGAGCACAGUAUCGUUAUGAAAGUUAUCCUGCAGAUAUGUUCGUGGAUAAUGAGUUUCAAACGCAAGAGCAGCUACGGAAUGGCGCAUCCAGGACAGGUAGCAUGGUACCAUUUGAAUUGUUUGUCCUAAAGGCGCGAUUGCAGGGAUAUCUUGGAGAUGUGUAUGAGGCAAUCGAUCAGCUCUAUGAUCUGAUCAUGAACUGUAAAAAGUUCGAGGCAAUCUGCCAUGUGGGGAAAGAUACUGUUGGCGCAAGGCAAUGGCAUAGUUUGACAGGCCAGUUACAUCUUAUUGUGUUAAAUUACUUGAUUGAGCUCAAGGAUUAUUCCGCAGCAACACGGUAUGGGCGUGACUUGGCCAGGGCGUAUCCGCAAGACAUUAAUUUCCACUCUGGGUUGGGCCGACUGUACUUGCAACUCGGGGAUCUCGAGAGAGCAGAGAAAGUGUUUAAGGAAGUAGAGGAAAUGGUUGCAAAGAAGACGAAUUGCCAUUCGAGUCAAUCAUCAGAAGAAACAGAGACGCCAAAGGAGCAGAUCCCAGCAUUGACCCACUUGAAACUUCAAGUGACGACAAAUAGAGCGUUGCUUGCUGUAGCUCAAGGACAAUGGGCUGUAGCAAAGGCUGCUUUCGAAGAAGUACUUACUCAAGAGCCUGAAAAUCUUGUGGCUGCCAACAACUUGGCUGUCUGUGAGUUGUAUGCUGGCCAACUAAAUGAGGCUAUUCCAAGGCUUGAGAGACUCAUGUUUGCAUACCCCACAUCUGCAGGCACAAGUGAGCCAUUGGUGUUUAAUAUGGCUACACUUUAUGAACUCCGGACAGAGGGUUCACUCCGGAGGAAACAGCAGAUGAUGAUAGAGGUUUCCAAGUGGGCCGGCGACCAAUUUAACGUGAGCAUGUUCAAGAUCUAGAGCCCUUUUUUUCCUUCUUAUAUAGCUAUUUCUAGGUCUCAGAUAGAAUUAGUUAUAGGAAAUGCCUUCUUUGAUAACUGUAAUGUUUAGUAUUAAAGAGAUUUAUCAGCAUUGUUUUUUAUGCUUCGUUUGGUUUUAGCGUGUGAAGAUCGACAGUACGAUUAAAAUAUGAAAAAA